AUGGCCGAUGAAGCUCUCCCGCCCCGCGACCCCGAGACCAUCCUCUCCGCCCUCCUCUCCCUGACCGAGGACCGCAUCGUCCCCCUCACCCGCCGCGGCGUCAGCUCCGGCAGCAAGCUCUUCGGCGCCGCCAUCCUCUCCUCGACGACCCUCGAGGCCCUGACGGUCGCCACCAACGACGAGCGCGCCUCGCCCCUCCUCCACGGCGAGAUCAACUGCAUCCAGCAGUUCUUCACCGACGUCUUCCCGGACCCCGCCACCCGGCCGAGCCCGCGGACCGCCUGCGUCUUCUUCGCCACCCACGAGCCCUGCUCGCUCUGCCUCAGCGGCAUCGCCUGGUCCGGCUUCCGCGAGGUCUACUACCUCUUCACCUACGAGGACAGCCGCGACCUGUUCGCCAUCCCGCACGACAUCGACAUCCUCGACGCCGUCUUCCGCGUCCGCGCCGAGGGGGAGCCCGACGACGCCCUCGCCCGCCGCCCCCUGUACAACCGCGCCAACAAGUUCUUCACCGCCCGCAGCCUCGCCGACCUCGUGGCCGACCUGCCCGAGGGCGAGCCGAGGGCGCGCUGGGUGCGGGAGACGGAGCGCGUCAAGGGGCUGUACAACGCCUUGAGCGACACGUACCAGGAGGGGAAGAAGGCCGGCGCGACGAGCUCUAGCGUGUGGAAGUAG